UCGUGCCUGCUGUGCGGCCGCAGCCAUACUCUUUCGACUUGAUUCGAUGCGCGGCCUUGUUGUCGCCGAUGCAAUCCUUUCUGUUUCUCAAUGUCUGGUGUUGCGUUUUCGCGCUGCGUGUCCGUCUGUACCCGCUCACAUUCCGUGUCUACAACAAGCCUUGAACCUUCCAAGCAAGACUGCAUUCGGCAGAAGAGCGGGCCAUAUGCAAAGGUGCAGGACGCUUUCGAUCAGCAGCGCUCGGCCUGUCGCAACCAAGUCAAGAGACGAGCCUCGAGCGAUACAUUGUCGCUUUUGAGGUCCUUCAUCUGGUGAGCGGGCGACCAUGCCGCCCAUGUCCUCGAUAAGGCAACGCUUGUGGAAGGCCGCGCAAGUGGGCUACAGCGCCGCUCACUGCUCAGAUGAGCUGCUCUUGGCCUCUCUCUUUGCACUGCUGCGCUAAACGUCGGCGUGACAGCAUCCGUCUACAAUCGCUACUCAUCCUCGCUACAUGCUUCGAGGAAAGCUCAGCAUCGCAGAACUUCACGCGCGAUCCUUGCAGACAAAGCACUGACCAAAAGCUGUCAGCCCACAACUCGGCUUCAGGCGGAGAGCUAGCAAGUUCUCAAGCUGUUAUUGAUGGCAUUCAGCGCGGAUUAGCAGACUGGACGAUAGCUCUCGAGCAAGGCAACAUCGACUGUCUCUGCUUGAAGAUCGCGCCUGCUGGCUUGAGCUUCCAGCUUCGAUGGCUCGCUGCGGCAGACUCACGGCAAAGGAGUGCCAGACCCAAUUUACCGAACGGUAUGCAAGUUGGCUCGAGCAUGCACGGCAAAUGCGAAAUAGCAGCAGCCGACCGAACUUGGUUGACUCGCAACGCCUUCUCAACGUUGCAACAACUAUGCAUUUGCCCUUACCAAAGGCACGAGAACGUGCUGUCUCGACGGGAUCGUCAUGCCAGUGACGGCAUUUCCCAAGAACGCCUCCUGCAGGUCAGUGUUGUGCAGACGUUGCUCUCAGACAGUUUCUAGGUUGUGUGCACGCGACAAUGAUACAUGACUUCCGUUGCGGGAUUGAUGCAUUGAACUACA